UUUCGCUCAACACUCGCUGUCAGUUGCUCCACAAUCGCCGUUGGUGAAUUUUGGUGCCAGAGUUCCGUCUCCGUUUGGAUUACAUUUCUUGUUAAUUAAACGCUUUAAAUCAGAUAUGCCUAUCAAGUCAAUUUUCGCCCGUCAAAUCUUCGACUCACGUGGUAACCCCACCGUCGAGGUUGAUUUGACCACUGAGUUGGGUCUAUUCCGUGCCGCUGUACCCUCCGGUGCAUCCACCGGCGUGCAUGAGGCACUCGAAUUGCGCGAUAACGACAAGAACAGCUACCAUGGCAAGGCUGUAACCAAAGCUGUUGAUCAUGUAAACAAGACUCUGGGGCCUGAAUUGUUGAAGGCUAACCUUGAGGUUACCGAUCAGGAAGGCAUCGACAAUUUCAUGUUGAAAUUGGACGGUACUGAAAACAAGUCGAAAUUCGGUGCCAAUGCCAUUUUGGGUAUCUCAUUGGCUGUCUGCAAGGCUGGCGCCGCCAAGAAGGGUGUACCACUGUACCAGCACAUUGCUGACUUGGCUGGUAACAAGGACAUCAUUCUGCCUGUGCCUGCAUUCAACGUAAUCAACGGUGGCAGUCAUGCUGGCAACAAAUUGGCCAUGCAGGAAUUCAUGAUCUUGCCAACUGGCGCUACCAGCUUCACUGAAGCCAUGAAAAUCGGCUCUGAAGUGUAUCAUCACUUAAAGAAGGUCAUCAAGGACAAAUUUGGUUUAGAUGCCACCGCUGUGGGUGAUGAGGGUGGUUUCGCACCCAAUAUUCAGUCGAACAAGGAAGCCUUGGUGUUGAUCCAGGAUGCCAUAGCAAAGGGUGGCUACACCGGCAAGGUCGAAAUCGGCAUGGAUGUUGCCGCUUCUGAAUUCCACAAAGACGGUCUGUACGAUUUGGACUUCAAGAACCCCAACAGCGACAAAUCACAAUGGCUGUCGCCCGAAAAGCUCACCAACUUGUAUCAGGAAUUCAUCAAGGAGUUCCCCAUUUCUUCCAUUGAGGAUCCCUUCGAUCAGGAUCAUUGGGAUGCCUGGUCCACCAUUACUGCCAACACUCAAAUCCAAAUUGUCGGUGAUGAUUUGACCGUGACCAACCCCAAGCGUAUCCAGACUGCCGUAGAAAAGAAGGCUUGCAACUGCUUGUUGUUGAAGGUCAACCAAAUCGGUACCGUAACGGAAUCAAUCAAGGCCCAUUUGUUGGCCAAGAGCAACGGCUGGGGUACCAUGGUGUCGCAUCGUUCUGGUGAGACUGAAGAUACUUUCAUUGCCGAUCUCGUUGUUGGUUUGUCAACUGGACAAAUUAAGACUGGUGCUCCAUGCCGUUCCGAACGUUUGGCCAAAUACAAUCAAAUUCUUCGCAUCGAAGAAGAGUUGGGCGACAAGGCGAAGUUUGCUGGCAAAAGCUUCAGAAAGCCACAGUAAAUGUGUACUUUAAAUAGUGGCGAGAAAUGAAUAAUGAUUCCAACGUGCAAGUAGAGAGGACAUACUAGUAGAUGGAAGUGGCCAAUUAAGUUGAGCUUAAUCACUAGAAUAAAAUACACGAAAAACCUAGUACCUACCGAUGUAAAUGUAUAUCAGCCACCUACCUACUAUUUAUCAAUAACAAAUGUUAAUUAAAUUUUGUGCACUGAAAUUACUUUGGUUCUCUUAUUCUACUUUAAAUACACAUACAUACAUAUAAAAUACAAUUUAAAAUUUUAUUUAAAUUAUAUGCAGAACUUUUAAUCACUUAAUUGUUCUUUUUAUAUAAAACUACUUUAGAUCAUUAUUAUCAUUUCAUGAUUUCAUUUUGGUAAAUAAAAUAGCAUAAACAAAUUAAAAAUUAAAUACCAAAAACAUAUGAAAUAAAUGAUUGUUUUGAAUAUCUUCAUAUUAGUAUGCCAGCUAUGCUGCUGCUAUUAUUUAAAUAUCAAGUAUCUACAUGGCUUAUUAUUGAGAGUUUUACGAAAAAUUAACGUUUGCUAAAAAAAAAAACAAUAUAAAUAAUUGUUGAGAAUUAGUGUUGUAUUGAAAAACGCACAUUAACAUCAGACCGACGCUGAGAAGGGCGUUUGUAUUUAGCUGACUAGCUUACGGUUAUGAAAAACGUCAAAGUUUAGUUGGCAUAACAUUUAGAAAUAGAGCAAGAAAAAGUGUGUUAUUGGUUUCGAUUUUAUGCUUGUGGUUCAAUAUAAUAAAAAUCAAUCUGAAACUAUUAUUCAAAUAAAGAUUGCAGAAAAACAAA